AUGGGUGGCGCGGUGGCGAUCCGGGCCGCGGCGACCGUGCGCGCCGGGCAUCCACGGGCCUCUCCGCGUCGAUGUCGCCUCUCUAUCCCUAGACAGGUGCCGUGGCGGGCGCGCCAAGGCCCGGCACGUGCCAAGGCACGCUCCUUGAGGGCCGCGGCAGGGCCCACCGACGUGUUUGCCAUCGACGUCGACGGCGUGCUCGUCGACUCAGAGCCUGAGGUCACCCGCGCGGCCAUCGCCGCCGCCACAGAGAUCUGGCCGGAGACGAUGGCGGGCGCAGAUGAGGGCGCGCUGCGACAAGCUCUGCGUCGCGUGCGCCCGGUGAUCGUCAAGGGCUUUGAGGCGGUGGUGCAGGCGCGCAUGUUGGCGGAGCACCCCGCGCCGGACACAGAGACCCGGAUCCUCUCCCGCGGUGCCUGGGCGGCCGUGUGGCGCGAGGCGGUGUCCGCCUGGGGCGCGUCCGCGGAGCACAUCGACGCGGUGUUCGGCCGCAUCCGCGACGCCGAGGUGGCCGCGGGGACCUACCUCGAGGGGCAGCGGGCCUACCCGGGGGUCGUGGGCGCGAUGCGGGAGUGCCCGUACCCGUCGUACCUGGUGUCGAGCAAGAGCGGCAAGCGCGUCGCCGCGGUGCUCGGGGGCCUCGUCGGCAUGGAGGGUGUCGAGGAGGGGAGUCCGCGGGUCAUGGCGUCACUCCUCCCCCCGGAAGAGAAGAAGGUGGAGGCGCUGCGGACCAUAAUGUCGCGCCCGCUGAUUGCGGAGGGCGGGGCGACGCUGCACUUCAUCGACGACAGAGUCGACACGCUGCUGCACGCGGCCGAGGUGCCCGCGCUGAGCGACGUCAAGCUGUACCUCGCGGAGUGGGGGUACUGCACGGAGGGCGAGAGGGAGCUGGCGCGGGCGUCGCCGCGCAUCAAGGUGCUGGACUUGGAGGCGUUCGCGGAGCUGCUGAAGUGGGGCGUGGUGAUGGGGGUCGACGACGGGUGCGAGCCGACGCCGGAGGAGGUCAUCAAGGGCGUGCACGACGGGUGA